AUGUCAACAAAGAGAGUGAACAUUGAGCCUUUGAGAUACCAGCGUCUCCCACAAGAUACCAAACAAGAACAACAAUGCGACGAUAGAAACAGUAGUGAAUUCUUUAAUAUUUUCAUACCACCAUCACGAUCAGCAGUUCCUGAACUUGUGGCCAAUAUUAUGUCUUCCACCCCCAUUCCAGGCAUAACGGAAGAGUACUUUCUUACUGAAACUGAUGUCCAUGACCUCGUUUCAGCUUAUAUUCCAGAUGAUAUUGUCGCAUCAGAUGACCUUUCCACCUGGAUGUCAAAAGAUGGCUCAUGGGAUUUUACUUGGGAUGAUCUUUCCGAUAUUCAGGAAUAUAGAUCACUGGUCAAAUCGUCAAUGGACACCAAAUGUACUGUUGGUUUCGUACUAAAAUCAAAUACAAAUGAACCUGACACAACCAAAAAGAAGCUAGUAAAUCUGCAAAUCUACAAGAUGAAGUCGAAACUCUUAUGUGAAGCUGUAUUUGUGUCUUUUAACACGUCUGCUAACGAUCUAAUUGCGGACCGGGAUGUAACAACUCUACCUUAUACUUUCGACGAUUACUCUGGUAAUACACAAGACUUAAUUACCAAGAUCACAAAAUCCGCUCGACAAAUUCGCCUUGUAGUAAUUGACCAUUCUGGACUGACGACCAAUCCUGACAACAUUAGGCUAUUCAUAUCUUUGAAUAAGUCGAUACAAGAAUUGGUAGAGGAUAUUGGUCAUAAGGUUGAAGUAUAUUCUCGUUAUGACUUGCUCAAAAACAUCAAGAUCCUCAACAAAUUUUGA